AGUAUAUAUAUUCAAGCGGUUAAUUUGAGGGUUUGGAAGCCUGGACGGGACUUGGUAGUUAACGAGAUAAUUAUACGAUUUGAAGGUCGAUUAAAAGAGAUAACUACUGUUUCAAACAAGCCCAUACCUACAGGAUAUAAGGUCUGGGGAGUAGCUCAGAAGGGGUUCUUACUUGUAUAG